AUGGCAAGCAACCAGAUCUACAUGACAUGUGAUGAUUUGGUUGUACUGCCUAUGUCGUACUCAGAGGCAGCACUCGAUCGAUGUGGCUACAACAUCACCCCAUUGUCAGCAAACACCUUUGCCCCUGUGCUCUCAGAGGAACAUAUCUUGGCUUCUCUGAUGCCCCAUGAAGCAUCAAGGGCCACAAGCCCACUUCUCCAGUCAUAUACUUGGGUACCACAUGAUGAUGCCUCUGAGGAACCAGAACCUGAUGACGUCACACCACCCACUGUGAGGCCAUACUCUCACCAACGUGGUGUGGAACUACAACAGAGUCCACUUGACUCCUCCAGCUAUGGCCGCAAAUGGGACCAGUUGAUGUCUGAGAUAGAAAACAUGGGCAAAAUCAUUAUAGACCUGGAUGCAAUCGCAGCCAAUCUACAUGCUGAACUGGACAUCACCUCGUCCCAAGCAAAGAACAGUACAGAGGACCCAACAUCCUUGGCAGUGAUGUGCUCUGGCACAGGAACAAUCAUGAUCAGCAAUCACCAUCUUGAUCAAAUGGCAUUUGCAACCACUGUUAUGAAUGGUGCCACACUGAUUGCAAGUGGGCAACAGAUGCAAAGUGCUGAUGGUAUUUUGCUGGAACCACUGUCACUCAAUGAAGCCAAAGCACAUGAUGACUGGCACCAGUGGAAGGAAGCAAUGGACAGUGAAAUGGCAAGUAUGGACAAAAUGAACAUAUUUGAGCUCGCUAACAUCCCAAUGGACACAAUGAGAUAUAAAGCUCAGCUAGUUGCCCAAGGGUAUGCUCAAUGUCAGGGACUCAAUUAUGAUCAGAUGUUCAGUCCAGUUGUGUGGUUACAAACAGUACAAAUGCUGCUUGCUAUAGUGUGCUGGUAUGGCCUGCAUAUCAUUCAGCUCAAUGUAAGUACCACAUUCCUGAAUGGAAAGAUCAAUAAAGAUGUCUACAUCCGAAUCCCACCAAUGUUCAAGAUGAACAAGACUGAAGGGAAGUGUUAUAGACUGAAGAAAGCACUAUAUGUCCUCAAGCAAGCUGGGUGCCUGUGGCACACUGCCCUUGAUGAGCAACUUCAGGCCUUUGGCUUCAAGCAAUGUCAAGCUGAACUGUGUGUAUACAUGUGUGGUGUCAAUGAUGCAAUGGUCCUUCUUGCAGUCUAUGUAGAUGACCUGCUCAUCAUCAGACCAAGCAACACAUGGGUUCAAUCAGUGUGA